AUGGCAGAGCCUGAAGCCUCUCACUAUCCCAUCCUGCAGCGAGCAUGCGAGACCGUCACAGCCACCGUUGCAACCGAUCCGCAUCUGAGCAGCAAAGAGGCGCAUGUAGAUGUGCAUGGUUGGUCAGAACAAUGCUCCAAUGUCGGUCGCUACAUGAACAGGUCGCCGAUAAGUGAUCGACAGGACCCGGCCGAGGGCUGUCUAGGCUGUCUGACAAUGGCAUCACCAACAAUGAAGGCAGUCAUCUUCCACGCCCACGGCCCUUCCUCGGUCCUCACCCUCUCCGACUCGGUGCCCAAGCCCACCCCGGGCCCCGAGGACGUCCUGAUCAAGCUCGAGUACGCGGGCGUCAACUUUGUCGACACGUACGUCCGCAACGGCCUGUACCCGACCCCGCUGCCCUGCACCACGGGCCGCGAGGGCGCGGGCGUCAUCGAGGCCAUUGGCGCCUCCGUGCCCGCGGAACAGUACGGCCUCGUGGUCGGGGAUAAAGUCGCCGUCUUCUCCCCGGGAAGCAUGGCCGAGUACAUGGUCGCCCCGGCCAAGGGGGUGCUCAAGCUCCCCCCGGGCGUGUCGACGCGCGAGGGCGCGGCCAUCAUGCUCCAGGGCCUUACUGCCUGGACGCUGUGUCGCGACGCGCACGAGGUGAAACCUGGGGAGACGGUGCUGGUGCAGGCCGCGGCGGGCGGCACGGGCGGGUUGCUGGUGCAGAUGUGCAAGGCGCUCGGGGCGACGGUCAUCGGGACGUGCUCGAGCGAGGAGAAGGCGGCGAUUGCAAAGGGCCACGGGGCGGACCACGUGGUCAACUACAAGACGCACGACGUCGAGGACGAGGUCAAUCGGAUCACGGGCGGCAAGGGGUGCCACGCGGUCUUCUCGGGCGUGGGCAAGGACACGCUGGCCAAGGACAUUGCCAUGACGAGGCGCAAGGGCACGUUUGUGACGUUUGGCAACAGCAGCGGCGCGAUCGCGGGGGUCAAGCCGCUCGACCUGAGCAAGCGCAACAUCAAGAUGGUGCGGCCGACGCUGGCCAACUACAUCACCGAGAGGGAGGAGUUUGAGCUGCGCAGCGGAGAGCUGCUGGCGCUGGUCAAGGAGGGCAAGGUCAAAAUCCACUUUGGCAAGGAGUACAGCCUCGAGGGGGUUGCGCAGGCGCAGGAUGACCUCGUCAGUGGGCAGACGGUAGGCAAGCUGAUUGUCAAGAUUUAGAGGUUGGGGGGUAUUGGCUAUGCGGAAUAAUAACAUAGAAAUGAGAACAUGACAAUCAGGAUU